AUGGCUGCUGUUUAUGAAUUAGAAGAUCCAAGUGAAAAAAAAGACAAACGUUUAAAGUCACUUCGACUGAUUGAACUAAGUGAUCGUAUUAUGCGUGUCAAUCGUCGCGAAAAUACACAACUUGAAUUACGAUUGAAUCAACUGAAACAACAGGAAAAAAUUCUUCGCAGAACCUAUGAUAGAGAAAUCUAUUGGAGACGUAUGCAACUUGAGAAUAUCUAUGAUUCAUUAAAUGAUUCACCAAGCCAACAAGAAAAUAGUCUGCGAAGUGACACACCUAUAUCAAUUCAUGCGAUUAAGAUGCAACGAAAUCAAUCUGCACCACCAAGUAGAACAAGAACACAGAUUGAUAACGGGCCACAGUCAAGACCAAGUACAGCAUCUACGGGCAUUCGGCGUAAUAAACGAGCACUCAGUGCAUUAAGAGAUAUAACACUCAAGCCAUCCUGUCGAACAUUAGGAAAUUUGUUGAUUUUAUUAGAUAGUGAUAAAAAAAGACUUCUAAGAUAA